UAUUCCCACGCUGCAAUGUUGGGCACUUUGCGGGGUUUGCAGCCCCCGCAAAGCCUUGUCGAGUUGUGCACACGGCACGCAGAGAGGCCUUGCCGCUGGAUUGCAAGAUAUAGAACGCGUUUCUAUUUUCCAGCAAGGACGACCUACUUUGUAGAGCUGUAGCCAAUCGGAAUGCUUGAACACAGUAGGCUCCCUUUCCACUCUUGAACACAGUAGGCUCCCUUUUCACAUCAACAAUAGCCAUGUGGUCGGACGAGAACUGCCUGAAGAUGAUUGCGAUGUGGGAAAAUUAUCCGUGUCUGUUCGACACUGGAGACCCAGACUACACGAACAGGUAUAAGGCCAAAAAUGCCUUCACAGACAUUGCCCGUGCUAUGGGCAACGGGAUAACUGAAAACGAUGUGAAGCAGAAAAUGCGUUCACUAAGAACGUCUUUUCUGCAACAGCUGUGUGCAUACAACGGCCGCUGUAAAAGCGGGGCGUCUGCACUUGAUGUGGCAGAGCCUACAUGGCGUUUUUGGAAAGCGCUAAAUUUUCUGACACCCUUUAUAAAAACAAAAAAGGGUCAAGACAACCUGAGUUUGGCAUCAACAAACUCCUCGGAAUCCUCAGAAAAACCCCUUGUUCCAGAAGAGGAGACAGGAGAUAUCAGAGUUCUCCUCACUUCUGUGGGGGCCAGCUCAGGAGAAACAGCUGAAGCAACUGCUGCCCCAACCUCACCCAGUGUGUACGAGCAAACACCACCACCAAAGGUACCAGACUGUGCAAGAAAGAAGAGGAAGGUAGACAAAUUAGACACCACCAAGCCAGCUUCACGGGCUGUGGAGCUUCUAGAACAACUGCAUACGUCCAGGGAGAAGUUCAUGGAGAAAGCAAUGGCGGAGCCAAGACAGGCUACCCCGAAUGAGUUGUUUUACCAAAUGGUAGCUCGUACAACGGAAAACUUUCCUGACGACAUUCGAGAUCAAAUGCAAUCGGAUGUAUUUAUAAUGAUGCAUGAGAUUAGAAAGAAAUUACAGAAUACCACUUCAUUAGAAAAAUAAACAUCAAGUAUCCCAACUUGUCUUCAGCCAUUAUGUAUUGUUCCGCAACAUACCAGCAUGUCAUUUAUAAUGGAAACUCAUUUUUGUGUUUAUUUACUGAUAACUUGGAAUUGAAUAAUAUAAUACUGAUUGUCUACUUAGCCUGAUGUCUGUGUCAAAGAGACACACACAGAGUCCCUGCCAAGCUACUCGGAUGUUACCUGUAGCAACUGAGACUCUAUUUUGGACUUGUGUUUCACCUUGAACCAACGGAUAGCAUCACGGACCUCUCUAUGUACAAAUUUUCUGUCGUGGGCAGAACCCGUGAAAAACACGUUUCUUUUUGUAAAGCACUGCUUUUAGGCCUUGGUCACCCAAGGUUUGUU